CCUGUAGUCCGGGUUUCACACGCUUAAAGACAGGGGCAAGAAGCCGGUCUCUGCCAUUUUCGUUGGAGAAGUUACCAAAAAUAUGGCGAUGAUUUCGGCUCGUGUAACGGCCGCCGUGGCCAGGGCGUUAACAAGACAGGCUCCACAGGUUACAAAAGGAUGCUUGGGGGCAGCCUUCUCAUGCCAUAGGAAUAUCUGUACAUCAAGACCAACACAUGCUGCGGCUGGAGGCACUGCCGAGAUUUCCUCCAUCCUGGAGGAGCGCAUCAUGGGCUUCUCACCCAAGGAGAAUAUGGAGGAAACUGGCCGGGUGCUGUCCAUUGGUGACGGUAUCGCUCGUGUCUAUGGUCUGAAGAACAUCCAGGCAGAGGAAAUGGUGGAAUUCUCCAGUGGACUGAAGGGUAUGGCCUUGAACUUGGAACCGGACAAUGUCGGUGUUGUGGUCUUUGGUAACGACAAGCUGAUCAAGGAGGGAGACGUGGUCAAGAGAACGGGCGCCAUUGUGGAUGUGCCCAUCGGCAUGGAAAUGCUUGGUCGGGUAGUGGAUGCCCUGGGGAUGCCCAUUGACGGCAAGGGCCCGAUCAAGACCUCGACUCGUGCCCGUGUGGGAGUCAAGGCACCAGGCAUCAUCCCCCGCAUCUCUGUCAGGGAGCCAAUGCAGACUGGCAUCAAGGCUGUGGACAGUCUGGUGCCCAUCGGCCGUGGCCAGAGAGAGUUGAUCAUUGGCGACAGGCAGACAGGGAAAACUGCUGUGGCCAUUGACACCAUCAUCAACCAGAAGCGCUUCAACGAAGGCACUGAUGAGAAGGCCAAGCUGUACUGCAUCUAUGUGGCCAUCGGCCAAAAGAGGAGUACUGUGGCUCAGCUGGUCAAGAGGCUCACUGAUGCAGAUGCCAUGAAGUACACCAUCGUGGUCAGUGCUACCGCUUCCGAUGCUGCUCCCCUGCAGUAUCUAGCACCUUACUCUGGCUGUGCCAUGGGAGAGUUCUUCAGAGACAAUGGCAGACAUGCACUCAUCAUCUACGACGAUCUGUCCAAGCAGGCUGUUGCCUACCGUCAGAUGUCUCUCCUACUGCGGCGUCCCCCAGGCCGUGAGGCCUACCCUGGUGAUGUUUUUUACCUCCACUCCCGUCUGCUGGAGCGUGCUGCCAAGAUGAACGACGACUUUGGCGGUGGCUCCCUGACUGCCUUGCCUGUCAUUGAGACCCAGGCUGGUGACGUGUCUGCUUACAUCCCCACCAAUGUCAUCUCCAUCACCGAUGGACAGAUCUUCUUGGAGACAGAGCUGUUCUACAAGGGCAUCCGCCCAGCCAUCAACGUGGGCCUGUCGGUCAGCCGUGUGGGCUCGGCCGCCCAGAUCAAGGCCAUGAAGCAGGUGGCCGGCUCCAUGAAGCUGGAGCUGGCCCUGUACCGUGAGGUGGCGGCCUUUGCCCAGUUUGGUUCUGACCUGGACGCAGCCACCCAGAACCUGCUCAACAGGGGUGUGCGCCUGACCGAGCUGCUCAAGCAGGGACAGUAUGUCCCCAUGGCCGUAGAGGAACAAGUGGCUGUCAUCUUCUCGGGCGUCCGCGGCUACCUGGACAAGGUUGACCCCUCCAACAUCACCAAGUUUGAGAAGGCCUUCCUGGCCCACAUCCAGACCAGCCAGCAGGAGAUCUUGGCUGACAUCCGCACCAAGGGCUCCAUUACACCAGAGACGGAAGAGAAACUCAAGGGGGUCGUUACCAAAUUCCUGGAGACGUUUGAGCAGUGAGAGGUCCCAAGAUAAAAAUGGCCUCCAACUAUCCAACUUAAAAGCGCUUCAGAAUUUAUAUAGUUUUGGCUGGUUUUGAAAGAGGGAGAGAGAAGACUGGAUUUUUGUUAUUAGUAUCGAAUGAGAUUGAAUUUGAUUCAAGGGUAAGACAGUUGCUGCAGCCCAGUGUGUUUAGCCCUGUCUUAUCUCCUUACCUUUAGGAGAGACUGCACUUGGAUGAAAUCGUUGAUGUUGUGAAGCAGUUCUUAAAAUAUGAAGUUUUCAUUUUGUAGGUUGUUCACACACACACUCACAUACACUCACAGUCUUCAGCCAGCAUCAGAAGUACUGUGCUAUGGAAUGGUUCAGUUCAUGUUCACUGUAGUCCGGAAGUUUUCUAUGAUUUCAUGGUUAGAUCUAUUAAACCUGUUUCUCAAAUGUCAUUCAGUAGGCUCCCCCCCCCAAAAAAAAAACCCGUAAAGCACAAGUGAAUAUAAAUUGGCUUCAGGUUAGAAUUUCCUUGAAAUUAAAAUGUCAUUAGGCCUUUUGGUUAUUUAUGUAAGUAAAAGUGUUGGGCCUACAUUACCCUUGAGCAUCUGAAGAAAAUUACUGCAAUUUUUGAAGUGACAGAUUCAUGCCGAGUUUCAUAAUGACCUAACUAGUGGGGUUUUUUUAAUCGUUCAAGAAUGGAUUAUUGAAAAGAGUGCAUUCAAGCUUUAGUUGCCAAUGUUAUUAUAGCCCUGAUGAUAUCUUUUCCAUUUACUGUGGAAUGUACCAGGUUUGUCAUCGGCUGGCUGUAAUAAAUAUUUUGUUGAAAAUUAAA